AAAUUCCCAUGAUCGAUUUUCUUUUUUUUUUCUUUUCUGUGUUUCCGCAUAUUUUAUCUAUGUAAAAAAAUCAAUUAAUAUUCUUUGCCACUAAUUAAAUAAAAACAAAAUUAAACAAUAAACAAAAGAAUUCAAUAAAAUCUUUUAUCUUCUCAAGAUAAACCAAACAAAACAAAAAAAAACAAUGUUCAACAAACGAACAAUAACAUCGGCAAAAAGUCGCACUAGCAACUUCAGCCAACCCUCUCCAUCGUCAUCGAAAAUGUCAGGCAAAGUGAUACCCAACAAUGUCAUUGCUCCCGAAUCCCCCGAAACCGAAGGAACAAUAAACAUUCCUCACAUUAAAAUCAAAGACAAUAGUCGUUUGCUUCCCAAAUACACAGCUGCUUUAGAACGCAGCAAAGAUGACCAAUUACCCGCUGAAGAUUUGGACAGUGUCCAACGGGAAUUAGAAUCACUUCUAACAAAUGUCGCUCUUCGUUAUCGAGUACUCAAGGCAGAAUGUGAUGCCAUUGACAGAGAUGAAAAACGUUUCGAUCGACGUCAAAAAGCCCAAGUUGAUAAACCGCCGCAUUCGCCGGGCAAGCGAAAGCGCGCCGAAGAAAGUCGAAAACCAAAGAUACCCCAUUUCAAGUUGACCAAACAAAAACAAAGUUCUGCCCAUAGUCCGGCUCAAUCUCAGAACACUGACGACAGUAUGGAUGCGUUGCCCACUUCACAUUUGCACAAAGAUCAGAAUAAGGUUACUAUGCUUAAAAAUGAUAUACCCAAUAAAUUUUGGUUAUCUGUUGAGCCAUAUUGUAUGCCAAUCACGAAUGAAGAUCUUAGAUUGUUGGAUGAUUUGCUUGAGCAAUAUUCGGGUCCAUUGGUUCCACCAAUUCCCGAGUUGGGAGCUCAUUAUUCCACAACUUGGGCUCUGGAAGAUCUCAAAGAAGAAGAAAACAAUUCAAAUCCGAAUGUAAAUUCAAAGUCUAGAUCGAAAAACAAUUCCAACAAUGAAGUUAUGUCUUUGUUGAGAAAAGGGGAACAAUUAAUGGGUGAAGGAGUCACUGGACCUCUUACCCAGCGUUUGGUAUCGGCUUUUCUCGAAGAGAAUCUUAUUGGCGAUGUCAUGUCGAAUAUCGACAGUAAUAGUAGCUCAGAUAAUACAAAUUCAACCAAUUCGACUCUUUGUUCAUUGUCUCUUUUAAAAAAUGGAAUUGAUUUGGAGAAACGUGUUAAACAGGAACUCAUUGAACAAGGUCUUUUAGAAACAGAAGAAUUUGUUAAACCAGAUGAAGAUGAAGUUUACUCAGAAAUCAAACGAGUAACAGCUGAAUUGUCAUCGAUUGCUGAAUAUAAUUCGACUGAAUUGAGGAGAUUACAAGAAGCUGCCAAAUGUGAAAUAAAACGUUUGGAAAUCAAAAGGAAGUUGGAUGUUGUUGAUCAUGAAAUAUUGGAGGCUUACAAGCGCACAGUGCAGGCGAAACAGAAGAGAAGAGUACUUACGAAUGAAGAGCAAGAGGAAAUCUUUCGGUUGACAUCGGAGCAGAAGAGAUUGUCAGAUCAGUUGGAGAAGGCACCGAAUCCGGUGCUUAGUUUUAAUGAUUAGGUUUUAAGGAGUUCACACGUUGUUUUGGGUGUGGAUUUAUAUUAUUUUUAGUUUUUAAAGAA